GCGCUGUCCCCUCCUCCUCUUCCUCCUCCUCCUCUCCUCCGCGGCGGCGGGCGCUGCGGGCGCAGGAUGCCGGCCGACCUGAUGGAGAAGAGCAGCGCCUCGCCGGUGGCCGCUACCCCCGCCAGCGUCAAUGCGAUGCCGGACAAGCCCAAGACGGCGGCGGAGCACCGGAAGUCCUCCAAGCCCAUCAUGGAGAAACGCCGGCGGGCGCGCAUCAAUGAGAGCCUGGGGCAGCUGAAGACGCUCAUCCUGGACGCGUUGAAGAAGGAUAGCUCGCGGCACUCCAAGCUGGAGAAGGCUGACAUCCUGGAGAUGACCGUCAAGCACCUGCGGAGCCUCCAGCGUGCGCAGAUGACCGCUGCGCUGAGCACGGAUCCCACGGUGCUGGGCAAGUACCGCGCCGGCUUCAGUGAGUGCAUGAAUGAGGUGACACGGUUCCUCUCCACCUGUGAGGGAGUCAACACUGAGGUGCGCACCCGCCUCCUGGGCCAUCUGGCCAGCUGCAUGACCCAGAUCAACGCCAUGAACUACCCUGCACCCCCCCCACCGCCCCCGCUGCCACCAGCCGCAGCCUUUGGGCCACCCCUGGUGCCGCCAGGCAGCAGCACGGGGCCACUCCCGGGCAUGCCCUGCAAACCGGGCGUUGAUGCAGCCAAGGUGUACGGUGGCUUCCAGCUGCUGCCGGCAUCCGACGGGCAAUUUGCUUUUCUGAUCCCCAGCACUGCCUUUGCUCCUGGCGGUGCAGUGCUGCCCCUGUAUGGCAGCCCACCCACAGCUGCCACCUCUGCCUCGCCACCUGGCCCGCCACCCGGCACAGCCGACUCGGUCUGGAGACCCUGGUGAGGGUGGUGGGCACUGGACUGGACUGAGCUCCGCACCCCGUGCUGCUGGCACGGCUGUACAUAGGUUAUAUGUUCAUAUUGGAUUGUGCCUUUGUACCAUAGCACUCCCUUGGCAGUGUUUCGUGUUUUACACGAGAUCUUUUUCUCCCUUUCCUCUCCUUCCUUUUAAGACACCAAAGAUUGGGUUUU